UGUACACUGAAACUUGACGCUUAAUGCUCCACCAACUUGCCCUGAAGAAGAUGUCGUCUGGGUGUAGCAUGGACGGAUUUGUCUCUCUGCUGGUCAUCCUAGGUCUGACCACUGGUUUCAACGGGUGUCUAUGUUCUUGCUGGACGGAUGGGUUGAUAAAAGCUGGGAAAUAUCUACAAUAUUCAGACUUUGCCGAAGUGCCUCACAGCUCAGUAUUCUCAUGUGCUGCGGAAUGCUACAAAUAUGGAAUUUGCAAAUCAUUUAACUUCAAUAAGAAGACAAAAUCUUGUUCUCUAAAUUAUGAAGAUGAUGUACUGAGAUCUGAAAACCUGAUCGCUGCUGACAAUCGGAUGUACAGUAAAAUUGAGGGAUGGCCAAAGGUGAGGAUAGCAGGAGCUUGUAUGAACCAGAUCUGCGCAAAGCAUGAGAAAUGUGUGCUGACACGCGUCGCCAGUUCUGUCUGUGAGACCAGUCCGUCCUAUGGAGUUACCUACACAACAGAGUUCAUCGUCUCCACUCGGAAACUGAACUGGAAAGACGCAGCAGCUGAAUGCCUGCGACAACACGGGACCUUAGCUUUCGUCGACACUCCCACAAAACAACAGGAAAUAGAAGACCUGAUGAAAGGGAAAGGUGUGACAGACUUUGUGUGGUUGGGGGCGUCUCGUGUUGAGGAAGAAGACACGUGGAAGUGGCUGGAUGGGCGAAAACUCAACUUUAAAGCCUGGUCACGUCAUAAUUCACAACCGAAUAACUAUGGAGGGAACCAGGACUGUCUUGCCGUCAUCUACAAAGAUGCCACAUGGUCUGACUGGUUUGAUAAUGUUUGCUUAAGGGAAUUUUAUUUCAUGUGCGAAUUUAUACGGAAGCUAUAGCUAUUAUCGUACACGUAACCGAGAUGCGAGGACGUAUACCAUCCGCAUGAUGGGUCUUUUCACAGGGGGGCACGGGUGGCCCAGUCGCCUAAGGCACCGCAAUUCGCUAUACAGAGUUGCGUCCCUUGGGCACACCAGAAACCUAUGAUUGUGCGGAUGCUGUGAUUUGGUGGUGCUUAGUCUGUGAGAAGAUAGCUCAUUCCAUGUGUUUAGACCGUAAACUAAAUGUGUAUUCCGUUUAGGGUUUAAUCACAUUUGUAAACAUGUUUAGAUCUAAACAUGUCGUGUAAGUGUUGACAAUCUAAGCACAUUGUUUACAGUGUAAGUUAUGGCUGAGGUAGGGCAGGGGAGAUUAUAUCGUGAUGGUUAUUUACGCUACCUGUUAAUACCAUAAGUGACUAUGCACUAAAUAACCGUUAUUCAUUAUUUGCCCCCUAUAAAAAUGGCUAUUCUGUUAGUAAGUCACGUGACGACAAGGUCCACCUUGAACCGGAUAUGAAUGCGUAGCAGAUGAACAGAAGUAGACUUGAUGAGUGAGUGAAUAAGUAUGAUCUUACGCUGCUUUUAGCAAUAUUCCAUCAAUAUCACGGCGGGGGACACCAGCAAUGGGCUUCACACAUUGUACCCACGUCGGGAAUCGAACCCGGGUCUUCGGAGUGAAGAGCGAACGCUUUAACCACUAGGCUACCCGACCGCCCCUUAGACUUGAUGAACUUGAUGAGUCGAGGAGUCGACUGGAAUAUCGAGGAACUGCUGUGUUGUGUUAUUUCUUGUCCGGGAGUGGACAUUUAAAUUCAAAUACAAGUUUAUCACGUACAUCUCGACGUCCCAAUCCAUCCGUCUCGAUUUUCUCAAGAUUUGAAUUUAAGUGAUUAGGGUUUACCAUGGUUUGUUUAUAUUUAUCAUCACAUAUAAUUGCAACUAUCUUCAAGGUAUGGUUAAUACGUUGGCAUUUAAAAUGCGACAGUCAUCUGCCAUCAAUAAUUUCGUUUUAGCUGAAGAUGGAACCCACUUGUUUACGUGUGCUUCAGUUAAUGGUUUUAAUUUUACAGUAUUACAGUGUUGUGGUGGUAAUAUCGAAAUAUGUUUUGGGCGUAUUAACCAAGUGUUGUUGUGGUAAUAUUGAUGUUGUUUUGGGGGUAUUUACCAAGUGUUGUGGUGGUAAUAUUGAUAUUGUUUUGGGGGUAUUAACCAAGUGUUGUGGUGGUAAUAUCGAAUUUUUUUUGUGGGUAUUUACAAAGUGUUGUGGGGGUAAUAUCAAAAUUGUUUUGGGGAUAUUUACAAAGUGUUGUGGGGGUUACAUCGAAAUAUGUUUUGGGCGUAUUUACCAAGUGUUGUGGUGGUAAUAUUGAUAUUGUUUUGGGGGUAUUUACCAAGUGUUGUGGUGGUAAUAUUGAUAUUGUUUUGUUGGUAUUUACCAAGUGUUGUGGUGGUAUUAUUGAUAUUGUUUUGUGGGUAUUUACAAAGUUUUGUGGGGGUAAUAUCGAAAUUGUUUUGGGGAUAUUUACAAAGUGUUGUGGGGGUUACAUCGAAAUUGUUUUGUGGGUAUUUACAAAGUGUUAUUGGGGUCAUAUCGAAAUAUGUGUUGGGGGUAUUUACCAAUUGUUGUGGAGGUAAUAUUGAUAUUGUUUUGGGGGUAUUAACCAAGUGUUGUGGUGGUAAUAUCGAAAUUGUUUUGUGUGUAUUUACAAAGUGUUGUUGGGGUUAUAUCGAAAUAUGUUUUGGGCGUAUUUACCAAGUGUUGUGGUGGUAAUAUUGAUGUUGUUUCAGAGGUAUUUACCAAGUUUGUGGUGGUAAUAUUGAUAUUGUUUUUUGGGUAUUUACAACGUGUUGUGGGGGUAAUAUCGAAAUUGUUUGGGGGGUAUGUACAAAGUGUUGUGGUGGUCAUAUCGAAAUUGUUUGGGGGGUAUGUACAAAGUGUUGUGGUGGUCAUAUCGAAAUUGUUUUUGGGGUAUUUAGAAACUGCUGUGGGGACUAUGUCGAAGAUGUAUUUCAUACUUAGUGGUUAAUGGAACUUACCACCUUCAUAGAGGAUCGUAUCUUCCUGAAUUGUAUAAUAAGCUUAAGGGAGAAAUAAUUGAUGAUAAAUCUCCCCAGUUCAGAAAACACUGAUGUAAUACAAUCAAUUAUCAGGAGCUUAAAGCAUGUAUUUCCUUUGAGGUAAAACUUGGUCACAACUUCACGAAUACUAGAUACAAAAUCUAAAAUUGUUGAAUUACGUUCCAGUAAUAAAAUCAUAUGUCAUUAACGAGUCAUGUUGUCUGUUAGUUUGAAACGUUUUGCAAUAUUGAAAACUUUAUUUCAUCGCUGCAGCUAAGGUUAUAAAUAAUGUGCUAAAUAUAAAACGUCCAAACGUUCUCAUGGUUAAUUCACAAUAACGUCAUGGUAUAAUAAACGAGACGUAAUAAAAUAUUCCAGGGAGUUUAUCGUCGGUUAACUGCUCUUUCUUACACUGGGACACUGAUUGACAUU